AUGGAUAAAAGGCAUUCAGCAAAAUCCCAUGUUUUGUCAAUUCAUCAAAAGUGUCAUGAUUUUUUAAAAAGCAAUGAAAUAUUAGCAGCAAAUAAUAAUUUGCUAGGAAUAUCAAAGCCAUUGGAAUCGUCUCAGCAACACCAUUCAUAUUUAUCAAAAAGUUUAUCAUCGACUUCGUUGAUAACAGAAUCCAAUUUUCUACCUUGUUAUAAUAGUGCGAUUGAUUUAAGAGUUUCACCAUUACAUAAGAUUCAAACAGAGACACGUUUUUUACAUGCAACUACAAAUUUACCUUUAACACUUUCAUCACACAUACGUUCUGAUUCGGAAACAUCGCGUUCGGAUCAUGAAAGUAGUAAUACAUCAUCAUCAGGAGUAUCAUCCGGAAUUAGUUUUGAUUCACAUAAAAGCGAAAUUGAUUUUUCAAUUGGUUUUGAAGAUCCAGAAGAAGAUACGCCAUAUUUAGAUGACAUAGACAGAGAAUUUGAAGAACAAAUUCUUGCAAAAGGUACUGAUACAUUAACGGUAAUUGGAAAUGAAAAUAAUAUCGAUAAACGUAUAACAGAUUUUGAAGAUUUAUUGACUGAAUACGAUCAGGACGAUGAUAAUGAUGAUGAUUGUAAUAGUAGCGGAAAACAUACAUCAGGAUUUCUUAACUCACUCCAUUCAUCCACAAAUACAUUAUACGCUGAACAUUUUUCUAUAUUUACUGAAGGAGAAGAUCAGGAAGCAAAUGGCAUAUGUCGUUCAAAUUCAAUGAAAAUUAUACGAACGAAAGACAAAAAAUUUUCAGAAAAAGCACCUAGAAAAGUUGUACGAUUCGCUGAUGCAAUGGGUCUUGAUUUAGAAGCAAUCCGCUAUAUGACACCUCCAGACAUGUCAACUAUCGAUUGUAUUAAAACAAAAUUAGAACAAUUAAAGCUAAUACGAACGAAUAGUGGAUUAUCUAGUAGUGACCUUAAUUCUAUAACAAUCGAUUUUAGCAAACCAGCUCUUUAUCUUGUAUCAAAAUCAUUUAUACCCCCAUCAAAUAUUGCUCAACGAGUUUAUGAACGACAAGUAGUCUUGGAAUGUUUAUAUACAAAAGACAUAUCUGCUUAUGGAACGGUGCGAGUUAAUAACCGUUCGUUUGAAAAAAAAGUAUUCGUUCGUUACACAUGUGAUCAAUGGACGACAUACAAUGAUAAUCAAGCUGCACAUAAUUUACAUAAUUCGAAUGAUAAUACUGAUUUAUUUACAUUUGAAUUAACGAUUCCAGAAAAAUUAUUAACAGAUGAUACGUCAUCACAACAAAAUAUGGCUAUUUUCUUCACAAUAUGUUAUCAAGUAAUGGGGCGAGAGUAUUGGGAUAAUAAUUUUGGUUGGAAUUACAUUUUGGAUAUAUGUAAACGGUAA